AUGUACGGACAGUCUCAGCCCAUGAACAUCCCCGCCCAGAUCGUGGGCUCCGGCGCCGACGUCGAUGAUGACGUCUCUGCCUCCGCCUCCGCCGAUAAUCACCACAGCGUAAGUUAUGACGCUCACCCCCUCGAAGACGGCGUCGGAGUCGAGGACGUUGCCAACGAUCCCAUCUAUGUCUCUGCCGCCGUUGCUUCCGCCUCUGACUUGGCGGCGGUUCAGCGAGUCGAUGGCGCCAGCCAACUUACCCUCUCGUUUCGCGGCCAGGUCUACGUAUUCGAUGCUAUUACUCCUGAUAAGUUUCACGCGGUGUUAUUGCUGCUGGGUGGAUGUGAACUGGCUUCAGGUCCCCAUGGUGUUGAAAUGUCAUCUCAGAACCAAAGGGGUGUUUUGGACUUUCCAAGUCGAUCUACUCAACCGCACAGGGCAGCAUCCUUAGAUAGGUUCCGUCAGAAGAGAAAAGAGCGGUGCUUUGAUAAGAAAGUCAGAUAUAGUGUUCGCCAAGAAGUUGCUCUUAGGAUGCAGCGUAAUAAGGGCCAAUUUACAUCUUCCAAGAAGUCUGAUGGAGCUUACAGCUGGGGUACUUCUCAGGAUUCAGGACAGGAUGAUAACCUACCAGAUACUUCGUGUACACACUGUGGCAUCAGCUCAAAGUCCACCCCAAUGAUGCGACGAGGUCCAUCAGGUCCAAGGUCUCUAUGCAAUGCUUGUGGACUUUUUUGGGCAAACAAGGGUACUUUGAGGGAUAUUCCGAAGAAAACGCAGGAUCAUUCCCUGACUCCAGUUGAGCAGGGUGAAAGUGAAGCAAAUGACUCAGAUUGUGGAACUGCAAUCCCCACGCAAAGCAAUGUAGUUUCUUUCUCAAAUGGCGAUGCCUCAGCUCUAAUUGCCGAGCACUAAUACAUCUGUGCCAAUAUGGUCAAUUGUGUCAGCUAGGUCUUUAUUAGUAAUUUCUUUUAAACUUGUCUUAUAUGUACAGAUAAUAUAGUUGCUUUAUCAAUAUACGAGGUUAUAUCUCCUCCUAUUCCUUCAGUUAGUAGCUUUGCACGAGAUUACCUCUUUAAGACAGACUUCUUCCGGAUGUAUCACAUGAAUCUUCAAGCUCUCAGUGAUUACCUUGGGUAAUUUUCAUCGGCCAUAAGCUCUAAUAUAUUAUCCCCUCCCAAGAACUGUUGCUCUGGAUGGACUAUCCAAAUCUCUUCUAUAUUUCAAUCAAAUGCCUGUUAGUUAAUGUAAAGGAUGGAUAAUCAACUUAUAAUAUCAAUUGGAGUUUAUAUUUUGUGCCU